AGAGACUUGAAGGCCAUAACCCACAGAGACACAGGAGCUUAAAUAAAGAUCAGUACCAAGGGAAGGAGUGAGAAACUGCGAGUUUAAAGAAUUGUGAAAAUGGGAGACAGUACCACAGACACAGAACAAGAAAAGGAAGAGGAAAAAGAUAAAAAGGAUGAAAAUGUUCCUAUUCAUGCCAUUGUGCCCACAAUUAACAUCCGAGAUGAGAGGAUUGUUGAUUUAUCUACAACUCCAGCUUUCAUUUGUCUGCAUGAGCUGCAUGCCAUGGGAAAACUUGCUGGAACCAGAGUGGCAGAAUUAAAAGCCAAGUACACCUUCCUGCAUGACACUCUUAUAAGCACACAGGACUCAGAGGUCCACCUGCUCCAGAACGCCAAGCGGUUCUCGGAGCGGAUCCAGCAGCAGCGGUUCCACCUGCAGCAAGCUGACAAGUUCCCGGAGGCCUUCUCCACGGAGGUCUCCAAGAUGAGAGAGCAGCUCCUCAAGUACCAAAACGAAUACAACGCCGUGAAGGAAAGAGAGUACCAUAACCAGUACAGGUUGAACAGCUUACUGGAAGAAAAAGCCCUCAUAAUCAAGGAAUUUGAGAAGAUCCCUAAGCCAGGAGAAAUGGAGAAGAAGAUGAGAAUACUGAAAGAAAGCACUGAAGAAUUACGUAAAGAAGUAAUGCAGAAGAAAUUAGAAAUUAAAAAUUUACGGGAAGAUUUAACAUUUAAGCAGAAGCAAAUGCUAAAGGAGCAGAAGGAACUAGAAGAAUUGUUGGAAUGUCAGGUCACCCUAAAGGAUGAAGUGGUCCACCACCAAGCCGUUCCUGUACAAAUUGGAAAAGAAAUAGAAAAAACAACACGCAAAAAAGUAGAAAUGGAAAAGAAAAAGAUUAUCUUGGAACAGGAACUCAAAGAACUAAAUGACUCCCUAAAGAAAGUUGAAACCAAAAUUAAUGCUGUAAUUGAAGAGAAGGAGGAUGUAAUAAAGGAAGUUGAAGGCAAGCGAGCCUUACUUGAAAUCAAAGAACGAGAAUAUAACCAAUUGGUCAAGCUAUUGGAAUUAACCAGAGAGAAUGAAGCAACUUCACUAUCUGAGAGAGGGAUCUUGGAUCUCAAUUUGCGAAACUGUAUCAUCGACAAACAGAACUACCACGAUGAAUUUUCUCGGAAGCAACGAGAGAAAGAACGAGAUGUUCGCAAUCUGAAAAAAAUGGAGCUACUCUUGAAAGUGUCCUGGGAUGCCCUCACUCAAACCCAAGCCCUGCAUCAGAGGCUGCUAAUAGAGAUUGAAGCUAUCCCUAAAGAUGAUUCUACUGCUGAGAGGAGGAGAGAACUCCACAAAGAAGUUGAAGUAGCUAAAAGGAAUUUGGCCCAACAGAAAAUCCUAUCAGAAGCUGAGUCUAAGUUAGUAGAACAGCAACUUGCAGAAGAAAACAAGCUUUUAAAGGAUCAAGAAAACAUUCAAGAGCUGGUAUUCAGCCUUAUCCGUAUGACUCAAAUCAAAAUUGAUGAGAAAGAGCAAAAAUCCAAGGAUUUCCGGAAAGUUCAGCAAAAAUAUAUCAACAUUAUGAAGGAGAUCAAAGCAAAGGAUAUUGAAAUCAGGAUACACAAGAAGAAAACACGUGAAAUUCAACGGAGGCUCAAAGAGUUUGCUCAAUUAUAUGACACUAUUCGAAAUGAAAGAAACAAAUUUAUUAACUUACUUCACAAAGCUCACCAGCAAGUAACUGAAAUAAAAGAAAGGCAUAAAAUGUCAUUAAAUGAACUGGAAAUUUUAAGAAAUAGUGCAGUUUCUCAAGAAAGAAAGCUACAAAAUUCCAUGCUGAAACAUGCCAACAACGUUACCAUCAGAGAAAGCAUGCAAAACGAUGUAUGCAAAAUUAUAGUAAAACUUCAAGAAAUGAAAGAGAAGAAGGAAGUCCAUUUAAAUAACAUUGACAGACUUGCCCAUAUGAUCACAAUGAUUGAAGAGGAGAUGGUGAAGCUUCGCAAAAAAUAUGAAAGAGCUAUUCAGUCUCGAAAUGAAAGUGGCGUUCAGCUGAUAGAGCGGGAAGAAGAAGUGUGCAUCUUUUAUGAAAAAAUAAAUAUCCAAGAGAAGAUGAAACUAAAUGCAGAAAUUGAAAUACAUGUCUUGGAUGAAAAAAUCCGAUUCCUGAAACUGAAGAUUGCCGAGAAGCAAAGGCAGAUUUAUGUGACCCAGAAAUUGCUGCCGGUCAAGAGGUCCCUGGAUGCCGACGUCGCAGUGCUCCAGAUUCAGUUUUCACAGUGUACAGACAGAAUAAAAGACCUGGAGAAAGAGUUUGUAAAUCCUGAGGGUAAGAACAGAAUCCGCUUCCUUCCAGGGAAAGAUAUGACUACAGAAGAAAUGAUCAAAAAAUUGGAUUCGCUGGAACUACAACUGGCCAAGAAGGAGGAGCAGUUACUGGAAAAGGAUUUCAUCUAUGAACAGGUCUCCCGGCUCACGGACAGGAUCUGUAGCAAAACUGAGGCCAGCAAAGAGGACACACUGCUCUUGGCCAAGAAGAUGAAUGGCUACCAGAAAAAGAUUAAAAAUGCUACUGAAAAACUGAUGGCUCUUGUUGCUGAGCUGUCCAUGAAGCAAGCUCUGACCAUUGAACUCCAGAAGGAAGUCAAGGAGAAAGAAGACUUCAUCUUCUCUUGCAAUUCCAGGAUAGAAAAGGGUCUGCCCCUCAAUAAAGAGAUUGAGAGAGAAUGGUUGAAAGUACUUCGAGAUGAAGAAAUGUAUGCCAUGGCCAUCGCCGAAAAGUCUCAGCAGUUCUUGGACACACAACGCCAGCUGCCCAAUGGUGUUCUCACGACUGCAGAGCUGCGUCCGACUGCCUACAUCCCAGAGGCAGAAGCCACUCUUCCCUUGCCGAAACCAUAUGGUGCUUUGGCUCCGUUUAAGCCCAGUGAACCAGGGGCCAAUAUGAGGCACAUCAAGAAGCCUGUUAUAAAGCCAAUUAAAAUCUGAAUAUGUAAACCAAUUCAGGCUCCUCAAGGAGACACUUCAGCCAAGCUUCGUCAUAUCCACAGCUGGAAAAUGUCAGCACAAUAGCGUGAAAUUACAGGCAAAUACAACAGCCACAAUUAACCAACAGUUUCCUUUUAUACUCACCAACUAUUAUAUUUUACAUGAUGUUGAGUAGGACAUAGAAUUGUUCUACAAUUAUGUCAAAGCAUAUAUUUGCAUUGUUCAUUUCUUUCUUUUUCACUCUAUAUAUUGAAGCCUUUCAGAUAUAUAUAGUAGGCCAGGUGCUAUAAAAAUUCAAUAAAAAUAAUUUUCAAUGAA